GAUAGCUCGGAUGGUGUCGGUCAGUUGAAACCCAAUUUGUUAAGUUGAAGUUUAUUUCUGAAUCCAAGGAAGGAUGGAAAUCUCAUGGGCGCGUUUCCUAACGAUCUGAGGCAGCGAAAACAUGGACUGAGAAUAGGAUUCGUCGUGGACCAUUCUUCUCGAUCGCGGCACGCAGGUCCCGCGGUUGAACCGGUAUUCUUUAAGUUAAUUUCCUAAAACAUAUAUUCCAAUUAAGAUUGUAACAGGUAAAAUGGCAAAACUUGAUGAGAAAAUCGGCUUUAUUGGAGGAGGAAAUAUGGCCUUUGCAAUUGGAUCGGGCCUUAUCAAUCGUGGAAUUGUGAAAGCCGGCCAAGUUAUGGCUUCUGGCCCGCAUCUUCACAAUCUGGAGCGAUGGCGAACAUUAGGAGGAAAUGUCACAGAUGAUAAUGCAGAAUUGGUGGAAAAAUCAGAUAUCAUUUUCAUCUGCGUUAAACCGCACAUGCUCGAACCUUGUUGUUCGCAACUAAAAUCGACUUAUUCACCCACAUCCAGGGAUAAGGACAAACUAUUCGUUUCCGUUUUGGCUGGUGUGACGCUGACUUCUUUAGAGCAGCACUUUGGUUUUAUAAAGGGUUUGAAAAUGAUCAGGGCAAUGCCAAACACUCCAAUGCAAAUUGGCGAAGGUUGCUCCGUCUACUCUUCUGGAUCAUGUGCGACGCAACACGACCUUGAAAAAGUGCAUUUGAUGCUGAAUGCUCUGGGACUUGCUCAACAAGUUCCAGAAGCGAUGAUCGACAGCAUAGCUGCAGUUCAAGGCUGUGGUCCAGCUUUCAUUUUUACAGUUAUCGAAGCAUUGGCGGAUGGUGGCGUGAAACAAGGUGUUCCAAGGCAGAUGGCUUUACAAUUUGCUUCCCAAGCUGUGUUGGGGGCUGCGAAGACGGUCCUUGUAACAGGAAAACAUCCAGCAGUUUUAAGAGAUGAGGUUAGUUCGCCAGGCUCAGCUACAAUUUGCGGAGUAUAUGAACUUGAAAAGGGUCAAAUAAGGGCGACGUUGAAUAAUGCGGUUGAAGCAGCUGCUAAGAAAAAUGUUGAAUUAGGAAUGAAAUAUAGCUAAGAAAAAUUCAAUCAAUAUUCUUUUUAUUCCCAGUUUUGGAAGUCGUUGAGAAUACGAUACCAUGCCUGUACUAUAAAAAUGAAUUCAAAAACAUCAAGGUGAUUUUUCAGGCUAAUUAUCCCUAAUUGGUACAUAACUCUGAAAUAAAUGGUCCAUUUUUUGUAAAGACAA